AUGUCACGUUACCGAGGGCCUCGUUUCAAAAAAAUACGCCGUCUGGGGGCUUUACCAGGACUAACUAGUAAAAGACCUAGAGCAGGGAGCGAUCUUAGAAAUCGGCCGCGCUCCGGUAAAAAAUCUCAAUAUCGUAUUCGUUUAGAAGAGAAACAAAAAUUGCGUUUUCAUUAUGGUCUUACAGAACGGCAAUUACUUAAAUACGUUCGUAUCGCCGCAAAAGCUAAAGGGUCAACAGGUCAGGUUUUACUACAAUUACUUGAAAUGCGUUUGGAUAACAUCCUUUUUCGAUUGGGUAUGGCGGCAACCAUUCCUCGAGCUCGCCAAUUAGUUAACCAUAGGCAUAUUUUAGUUAAUGGUCGUAUAGUAGAUAUACCAAGUUAUCGCUGCAAACCCCGAGAUAUUAUUACAACGAGGGAUGAACAAAAAUCUAGAACUAUGAUUCAAAAUGAUCUUGAUUCCUCCGCAGGGGACGAAUUGCCAAAACACUUGACUCUUCACCCAUUCCAAUAUAAAGGAAUGGUCAAUCAAAUAAUAGAUAGUAAAUGGGCCGGCUUGAAAAUAAAUGAAUUGUUAGUUGUAGAAUAUUAUUCUCGUCAGACUUAA